AAGAGCUAGCGCGUGAUGCAAGCAACCUUACACUGUUGUCUCUCUCUCUCUCUCUCCCUCACUCAUACACACACAAUUUGUCUUUCUCUCCCUCUCUCUCUCUUUCACACACACUCAUGCCUCUCCAACGCACACGGCAGUGCACAAGCCUGCGAGCAGGACGGCACUGGACGUAUCAUUCAUAUAGAUCCCAAGGAAAGGAUUAACCAUCUCCAUCCCUCAGCCACUACGGACCUUAUCCUCUCUUUCCUACUCUUAAGCCUCUCUUCACCUCAAUUUUUUCUACACAAUCCCUCCUUUUUCACAAAUCAUUGGUGGGUUGGAGGGAAGCUAAGGGGAUUGUUUCUAUAGAGAAAGCAGGAUGAUUCUCUCAUUAUUAUUAUGACCAGGAUCUUGAAUGUAUGGAUUUCUUUACAUGAGGGGGACAGCUUCUCGUCUGCGUCUCAUCCUGUGAAAGAUUUUUAAUUUUUCUUCUAUUUUUGGGAUAUUUUUUUUUUUGUGGGGAGAUGGCUGAAAGCAGAAAGCUGUGAGGCUGGUGCUGUCUGAGAUAUUUGGUCAAAAGGUGUCCUGGUGUACCAUUUGUUUUUUUUUUACCUUUUUCCCAGACGCGGUGCCAGUGGAGGCUGCAGGCAUGGCGGCUUGAAACCCCCCAUAGCCCCGCCCCUCUGACAGAGGUCGGCUACAAAGCUCUGUGUCAUGCCCCCCCACACCCACCCACCUGGGGGCAGUGGCCUACCCCUGCCCAGUGCUGCCACCCACUUGGCCAAAACUGUCUUCCUAUGUGUCCUCUGCCUCCUGGCGGCGCUGCUGCCACCAGCCUCCUCCUGCCCUCCGCCCUGUCUCUGCUCCUCAGAUGGUCUGGUGGUAGACUGCGGAGGCCGGGGUCUCUCCUCCCUGCCUCCCCUGCACCUCCUGCCUCCCAGGAGCCACACGUUCCUGCUAGCCAACAACAAGCUUGCCUCGCUCGGAGCCUCUGCCUUCACAAACCUCUCCUCUCUCGAGGAGCUGGACCUCUCUAAUAACUACCUAGACAAUUUACCAGCUGGAUUAUUCAAAGACAUGUCCAACCUAACAAGACUGACUCUGCACAACAACUCACUAACGGUUAUGGACAGAGACCUUUUCCAGGGUUUGGGGAAUCUUCAAAGUCUGGAUCUGUCCCUGAACGGACUGUCCUCCAUUCCUCUGGGGCUGCUGGACGAGCUGCAGAGCCUCAGGUGGCUGUCACUAGCUGGUAACAGGCUCCAUGGUUUGGAAAGAGCAGCGUUUGAGCCUCUUGCCAACCUGCAACACCUGGAACUGGGAAACAACCCGUGGGAAUGUGACUGCAACCUCCGUGAUUUCAAACACUGGAUGGAGUGGCUGCUAUACAGAGGGGGGAAAGUGGACGCGGUGGAGUGCACGCUACCAAAGGACCUACGUGGGCGAGACAUCCGGGGUGUUCCGGUGGAAAUGUUCAACUACUGCCUCCAACUUGAUGAUGAGAAUGGAGGAGGCGACGGCUCCCGUUCUGGACAAAAAGGUGUUCCUCCGUGCAGCAGGAACCCUCUUAACCCCAAUGGGGCCACACCAUUUUCUGACAACAGCGGCACCACAGCUGAUGACUCCUCUUCGAACACGGGAGGUGGAGCCAUAGAGACUCCGUCAGAUUGUGUCCGUGCUCGCUACCGACCCGUGAGCGUGCGCCGCGCCAUCGGCACAGUAGUGAUUGCCGGUGUUGUUUGUGGCAUUGUUUGCAUUAUGAUGGUUGCAGCUGCGGCUUAUGGCUGCAUCUACGCGUCCCUAAUGGCCAAAUACCAGAGAGAGCUGAAGAAGAGGCAGCCUCUAAUGGGAGAUGGAGAGGCGGACGGGGAGGAUAGGGAAGAGAAACAAAUUUCCUCUGUGGCCUAGUGGAGUGAUGGAACUGGGGAGGGUUGGUGUGUCAAAGGUGAAGGUUGGAAGGGUGACAAUUUAAAGGGCUCAAAGAGGAGAGAGAUGAAAGAGUUUGUUUCAUGCACACACAACAGUUAUGGUAUCUCUCCCUCUGACUCUCAAACUGACACCUUUCUCCCACUUUUUGUCUUCCUUUCUUUGUCCUCUUUCUAUUUUUAACCAUCUCCCUCUGUCCCUUUCUCUAACACACUCCCUCACACACAUAUCUUAUCAGUUGCCUGAUUUUCUCUUUCACUCCUGCUGUUGGCUGCUAAGAUCAUAUUUAUAUUAUUUAGGUUUCAACUGCAAUUUAUAUUGGCAAAGAGGGGAAAAAGGUUUUACUCUUUCUAGUACGAUACAUAUCAUUUAAGCUAUAACAAAGCACUUAAAGUGUACGGUCAGUCAGUAUUUAUAAAAGCUGGAUUGAAUUUUCAGGGAUUUACAGUAUGUAUUAAUGGUGUUUGGACCAAUAUCCAUAAUAAUUAAAAUAAUGCACAGUAAUUGUUAUGUUGAUAUAUUUCCCCUUCUAAACCUCAUCAAAGCCAGACGUUCCUCUGAAAAAGUAGUUCCAGCCCAGGACCCUUCACUUAAGUCUGUACCUUUGGACCUCCACAUCCCAGAGAAACAGCCAAUACUGCAAGACUUGGAGGAAAUGAGGGAAACGUUUGUGUAUAAACAGAAAGAGAUGUCAUUUAUAUGUCAUGAACACAUGUUUCGAAUGGAGAAACAUGGGCAGUCACAGAUUGUGUGUUGAUAGUAAAUGAAGUUACAACGUCUUUUGUGUCAAUUAAAACUUGUUAUGGAUGGAAACCAUCUGAAUCGAUAAAAUUAUCAUUUGUUAAUGGCUACAAAAAGACAAUUAUUAGAGCUGUUGUCACUGGCUCAUCUCUGGAACAACAACAUCCUCCAGAUGUCACAGACUGGAGUUCUAUGCAUGAUGGGAUUCUACAGUGGAUGUUAUCUAUUGGUUUGGUUUAAUGGGCUAUUUGUUCAUUUUACUCAGAAAAAGGCUCUUGCUUGCUUUCUGCUUGUUAAAUGAUUAUGAUCACUAUCUGGACAGAUUAAAAACCUAGUAGCUUGGCAUUAAAGUGGCUCUCGUAAAGUUUCUGGUAUGACUCGGACUAUGCUUCCAGGCUGUUUCAGCGAUGUCUUCAGGACACCAGACUGAGUUUUGAAGCAAACAUUGUUUGUUUGAAACUCCUUUUCAGACUGAUUUCACCCACAGAGAUUAAAGUUUGCUAUGGCAUGAAAACAUUCACUCUCAGAGAACUCUGUCUCCCUGCAAGGACUACGAAUAUUCAUCUUAAGACUACAAAACUUCAUACUCCUGCACUUUACUUCCCCAGUCAGUUACCCUCUGGUUUCCCAGUCCAGAUUACCUUUCUUUCUUUUAAAGAUGGAUAAUUUGCCCAGAGGGAUUAUAACGAAUAAGGGAUUAAGCAAAAAGAUGCUGCUAUCCCCCCCUACACUUCUUCUCUUAUCGCUCCAUCAUCUCUCCAUCCAGUGCUAUUUAAGGAAAGUAUUUCACACUUUCUUUUUCUGUUUCUUUUAUCCCUACAUUAUGCCAUGUUGUUUGUUUUUUCCCAAAGGUUCUGCAAUAUGCAAUGGAAGUUGUUUUACUACAACAUGGAAAUGUAGUCACUUUUCACAUAAUCAUAUAAUAUGGCUCUGUUUUCUUGAUGCAUUCACAACAAAUGUUAAUUUUACGUGGUGUUUUCAUAGCAAUCCUAAUUUAUGUCUUUGACAUAAAGAUUUACGUUCCACAAUCUCACAAGAAACCUGGCUUGCAUUGCAUAUUGCUCCCCUGCAGUAGAACGAUCGUUCCCCCCUCAAUUUUAAUUGGCUGAAAGUAACCUUAUAUUAAUAGUGUGUUAUCUUAUACAUAUGUAUGAUGCAGAUAAAUAUUAAUAUACUUGUCUCUACUAUGGUGUGAUGGCCCAGCAAUCCCCAACAUGUUUAAGAUGUAACUGUGGUCAUGGUUUUCUGUGUCUAUUCAUGAUGUAUGUCUUUUUCUUGUGUUUAUAAUGUCUAUUUUUAUUUUUUUUUGUUUUGUUUGAAGUUUUAAAAUCUCUGUAAUGUUU